CAACCAUCUUUACUCUCAACCUAUCCUAAAAUCUCUACUAUACCAAUAACAACUCAUUUCUCGUCUGAUACUUCAAUUAUUCACAUAAUUCUUCUUCAAGGGAAAAUGAGCUGGUCUGGAAGAGAUUGGAUGUGUGGUGUUUGCCAGCACAUAAAUUUCAAGAAGAGGGAAGCAUGCCAGAGUUGUGGAUACCCCAAGUAUGGAGGACCCGACCCUUCAACCUACAGAUACAACAGGACUGAAGCUUUGGCAGGGGACUGGUUCUGCAACUGUGGAGGUCACAACUAUGCCAGUCGAUCAAACUGCUACAGAUGUGGUGCAAUGAAAGAUGAUUAUUCUUCAGGAUAUGCCAACAACUCUGGAGGGUAUGGAUCUGACACUUUCCCUCCAGGAUGGAAGACUGGAGACUGGCUUUGCCCAAGACAUGGAUGUGGAGUGCACAACUAUGCCAGCAGGACAGAAUGCUAUAAAUGCAAAAUGCCAAGGGAUUUUGGUGAGAACAGUGGUGCAGAUUGAAAGAAGAAACUUCACAAGACCUGCAAUAUCAUUGAUUUUUUCCUUGGCGUCUUUCUUAUCCUAACAAUACCCUAUCUUGUUUUCCCUAUGUCGAGUCAAGUUCUAGAUAAAUCAUGGAUGAAGACCUCUGUUAGAAUCAUAGCAAUGUUUUUUCAUUAGGAAGGAAUAUGGUAUCCGGCUGUCAUUGUUUCUUGCUAGAUAUGUACUGACAAGAAGGUUAUGAAAUCCAUACACUUUAUUUUCCAUAUUUGUUACUGACAUAAUUAAGCUUUAGGACCUAAUAUUAACCCUUCCUCGCCAAACUUUCCCUUGUUAUCUUCACCAAUUCAAAUGCAAGUGUUCAUGGAUGCUUUUUUCACUAUUUUUCAGAAACGGUGUGUGCGUGGAAGAGAGUGGAAAGGUGAGAGUGAGACAUUGUGUGCUGGCGGGGGAACAUCUGCUUUGUUCAGUUGCCACUGUUGGGGUGGUCCAAAGAAUGCUUUUUAUAAUUCAUACAUCAGACUGAGAAAUCAGACCCGAGUCAUGAAUCACUAUGAGCACCAGACUCUACAACACUAAGGGAAAUCAAUGAGUUUACCACCUAAAUGAAGAGCUCAAGAUAUAGCUCUCAGAGCUUCCAAACAUGUAUAAGUUCUGAGCAAGGAAAUAAUUAAACAUGCAAGAAUCUAAUGCAGCAUACGAAAGCAUACAUGUUUCAACUAAACUUCAAACAGACCAAACAUAAUUAUUUAUACUAAUUAAUUGUAGCUUGGGCAUGAGUACUCUCUUGAUUGCUAAUUGAGCACUGUAACCAGGAAGGAAUUCUAAAUUUCAAAUAAUUAA